GCUUUCUCCCCCAAUGGCUUGUGAAACUAGGAGGACAAGGAGCUCAUCCAAACGGGACAAGUUGUCCCCAGCUGGUAAAGACACAAAGCUAGACAGGCAGUAAAACAGCUGCAGACACUUGUGGAAGUCAGCCACCAGGAAGGUUCUCUGGAUCACCUAAUAGUAUUGCAAAGUCCAACAGCUUAGAGAACACUAAAUGCAGUGCAGAUGCCUCAUCUUCAGACCACACACAAGGGUCAUCAGGGAAAGGAAAGAAAAAGGGAAAAAGAGGCAUGAAGAAUUCAGACUGGAGGGAAGAUGAACAGAAUCUUGGGGAUCAGCUACUCCAAGAGUUUGCGGAAUUUCAGUCAUCCCGGUCUCAGAGGAUAAGUGAAAGUGAUGGAAGUGUUGGGUCUGACAGGAUGGAUUUGAGCAAAUUAAGUGAUGGUGCAUCUCAAGUUGCUAAUCUUACAGAUAGUGGAUCAUCCUCAAAGAUCACAAGUGAAAACCCCACAAAUAAUUUGGAUAAUACAAAUGAAAAUGUUCCAUGCAUAGGUUUAAAUGGUUCGGAAACACUGCAGCAGCAAAUUGAUAAAAAUGUAUUGGAAUCCGAACUUGUUCCACAAGCAGUUACAGGGAGUCCAAGUAACCUAAAUAGUCAUAGUAUGUCAGCUAGUCCAUGUAGAAGUGAAAGUGAUAUAAAUGGUAAGAAGCCAGAAGAGGGUGCUAUCAGUAAUUGCCCAGACAACAUCAUGGCUGGUGAGCAGUCUCAGCCAUUGGAUGGCAAUCAACCUGUCCAAGAAGGUAGUGAAAGCAUUCAAAAUAAUUUAGAUGUGAUGUCAAUCAUGCCAGGAAACCCAAAUAUUAAUAGCAGCUCAAUACCAGGAAUUUCUCAGGGUGUCCCAGGAAGUACAGAGAAUAACCCAAUGCCUAAUAAUAUUGAAAAACCUCCAUUGACAGUCAGAAGUACAACAGUGCCUGGUUUAAUACAAAAUCCAUCUGUAACUAGUCCUAAUUACGAACAGCAACAAGUGCCCAAUGAUUACUACACCCUAACUGAGCUGACUCCAGUCAACCCAACACAGCUUACUUACGACCCAUAUCCUGUAAAUCAAAACUACCCUUACUAUUAUGAGCAAAAUACCACUACUGCUGUUCCUCCAACAUAUAUGCAACCCCAGCUUAGCAACCAAUGGGGAACCACUCCAGUGAACAGCAUUAAUAAUAUUCCAUUCAGCGAUGUCAGUAGUAACACCUGGCAGCCUCCAGCACAGGCAGUGGAUGCGGGUUUUGGUAAUACCAGUGCUGAAAAGCCAGAAGUGGCACCACUGCCAGCCCAAGAAAACGGUGAAAGUCAGCUGAACAAUUGUACAGCGUUCACCAUACCACCAGAAGUGAAGGAGAACUUGAGUCAAGGUCAACUGGUUACUCUUGGAUCAGGUCCAUCUACUGUGACAUUAUUCCAGUUUCCAGUCGGCACGAAUUUUGGCGCACAAAAACAGCAGCAGAAGAGGAAAUCCAGUGGGCCUAGUAAUAAGAAGAAAGCGGUGCGGAGAGCAUCAUACCAACCAAUUGUUCCAAAGAUGCCACCACCUGAUUUAUUUUUGAUGCAUCCUGUGUAUGAUAAUGUUGGAACCACAAAACCUGCUACUUCAGUGGAUUCAACUUCUACCAGCACAGCCUCAUCUAAUAUACCUCCCACCAGUGUAACAUCAUCAAAUUCAUCUGGCACUGCAACAACGACAGCUUUACCUCCCGUCACAAUCACCAUGGAAAACGAUAUCACCAUAUCUAUGCCACAAAUCAGUGCAGGCUCCUCUGCUGUGGGUACUGUGGGGAAAAGCAGAAAGAAGUCUACCAAAAGUUCACCAAAGAAAGGCAGGGUUGUCAAUGUGACAAAGGUAAAGAAACGUGGCUUAGGGAAGGCAGGCAAAAAGGCCAAAAGAUUACAGCAGAAAGUGGAUGACUCUGUCUUGAACAACAACAUAGUGGCAACAGCAUUCUCCUUUGCUAUUAACUCUGUAACCCCAGGCAAAGAGGAUUCAGAGAGUGGAAAAUUGUCAGAGGAUGCUUCCUUUGCCAUCGAUGAUUCUUGUGGAAUGACAAUGCCGGAAAUUUCAGAGCUAAUAGAUCCUAAUGUUCUUCCUCCAGAGGAACCAGAAGCGGCUGUGGCCAGUGAUGCAGCUCAGCCUGUCAGUGAUAAUGCGACAGAGGAAGGGAGACCAAGUCAAGAGUUGCAAAGUGAUAGUGCCUUAAUUGUUGAGGGACAAAAGGAGAAUACGGAACCAGAUACUUCAGUGAUAAGUAGUAAGAGUACUGGGAAAUCUCCAACCUUAGUCUGCAGUGGAGGAAGAUCUCCACAGUUGAAGGCUCUCCUCUCGCUCUCCAAGAGCAUAUCGCCUUCCAAGAGCAAACUGGUGAGGAACAGAACAGUAUCAGUGCAUGAAAGCCCAUCAGUUGCAGGCCUGCCUAAGAGAGGCAGCCAGAGCACUCCAAGUCAUAAGAGCAGUCACGUGAGGGUAUUAGACUUCGGCACACCACAGAAAUGGAAAAGCCCAGGUCGUUUGCCUGGUAGAGCCAUGGCAAGUCUGAAGUUCUCACCUUCUUUGAAGAAGAAGAAAUCUCCCAAGAAUUCAGUACCAUCACCCCUAAGCAGGAAUUCUAAGUUCUCCAAGAUUCUGUCCCCAAAGAAAAUGAUACUUAGGAAAAUAUUGGAGGAAACAGAGAAGGAGCAAGCAUUGGAGAAUAAUAAGGAAAUGAAAGCGGUUGAGGAAAAUUUGGAGAGUGAGGUUACUGCAGCAAGAGAAACCCAGACAGGAAAAAUACCAGAUGCUUUACCAAAGAGUAAGAAAACAAGGAGAGGAUCCACUAGUUCAGUGAGUGAUUCUGUCCCGGCUAGUGAAGGCCACCAUAAUGUUGAGACAGAGGAUGAAGAGAGCCUCAUUCUCCGCAUAGAUGAUGAAGACAGCUGUAGUUCAGAUGCUGGAACCAUCACAACUGAGACAACCAGCAUAGAACUCUUUGAACUUCCAAAAGAAAUGGAAAGUGUGAAGCAUAGCCAGCAUAAAAAGUCUUCUUUAUCUGACUCUCAUGCAGUUCCUGUUACAGAAAAUGCUGUAGGUAUUCAAGGAGAUGGAAGUGCAGUACCAUCAUGUGUUUUUAGUGCUUAUGAUUCAGAAAAUUCAAAUCUUAUUACACCUUGUAAACCAGAUGACAUGGGCUUUGUUUUCUCCGGGGGACUGCUUCCUGUAACUCCAAUGUGUCUGGAAGCACCAACACCUCUCUUGAACAGUGUACGAAAUGUAAUAAGUAUACAAAAUGGGGAGCUCAAUACACCUCUCCUUCCAGCUGUACCAAAGACACCUGCUGGGAAAACUCCUCUAAUUAAAGAUUACCCCCAAGGCCCAUACUCAAACAGCUCAGCUGGCACGUCUUAUUACCUGCCAUCAGAACGAUCUGCGACGGACUCCGAUGGUUACUCUCCAUCAAGACUAGAAACUGUGUGGGAGAAGACCCUUGCAGAGACCUGUAACAUGAACCAAGAGAGAAAUCUUCUUAAUCUGAGGUCAAGUCCAAGAAAGAGCCCUCGUAAAAUGUCCCAGAAGGAAAUGGGUGAGGCCAUUGAACAAGAUUUAUUCAGGCUUUUCCCUGGGGAUGUGGUUGGACCUGAGUCAGGCACAACUUGUAUUACAGAUACUGCCACAACAAGUGUCCCAGCAGCCCAGGACACCAAGCCUUCCAAAGCCAAGGAUACUUCAAAGGGUAAAGAGGGUAAGAGAAGAAGAAUCCCUUCCAAAAAGUAUCAGCAUCUGGCUGAAUCUGCCUGCUCUGACGAUGACUUUGAAAUGCCAAGAAGUGCCACUCCCAGUUCAGAACUCAAGCGGAAAAACAGAUCACCAAGCGAUGCAGCAGUCCCUAAAAACAAGUCAAAGAAGUUCAAAAUGGCAGCAGGCAGUAGAGGGGAAAACAAAGGAAACAAGGCAAUUCCAGACACCCAAAAGAAGGGUUUGGCCUCAAAGACUAUGGAAAAUGUACAUGACAAGGUGGAUGGGAAACAAAUAGACUCCAAGAAGAAACAGGCAGGAAUGGGGAAAAGUCUAAGGAAAGAAUCGUCUGCAUCUACCUCAUCCUCAGAAAAGGAAAGAAAUUUGACCCAAAGAAAUUCUGAAACUAAGCCAUCAGAAUCGGAUGAUACGUGUAAUCAUCAAAAAACGCCUAAACACAACAAUUUUGAUUCACAAAAGAUUAUUAAAGAUUUUACAGUAAGCUUUAAUGCUGAACAGACAAGUAGCCCCAGGCAAAUGGACAGCAUUGGUUCAGGCUCAAGUUCUGAGGUAGCAGGCAGCAGUUCCAGUAAAAUAGAGUCCAAGAGAACAUUAUCAGCAGGUGAUAAAGGUGAGAGUAGUAUGAAUAUCCAAGUAGAAAAAGCAAAUAGACAGGAAGAGAAUGACUGUGCAGAUGAUUCUGGAAACAAGGCAAAGUGCAAUGAUAAGAGAUCUAAUGAUCCUGCUGGAGGUGAGAAGAUAAAUAAGCCUGUGUUAAAACCAAAACAAAAUACUUCCAAGACCGUAAAGAAAGUUCCAUCAGCUGAAAAGGAAAAGGCUAAGGUGAGUAAAAAUAGUGAAUCAAAGGCCCGUGUUAACCACCUGUUUGGGUCUGAUGUCAGUUUCUCUGAUGAUUCAGAUGAAUCAGAGGCAGGGACUGGAUCUGCUAAUAAGAGAGAACAGAAAUCUCCACUGAAGACAGGUGCUUUGGAAGAAGCAAACAUUCCAAAAGAGACAAGUAGUGAGGUGCGUGGCAGGCAACGUAUUGGAAGGGGUCAAGGUCGGCCAGUAAAAACCGCCCUAUCGCCAAGAAGAUCAGAGAGAAUGGCAACCACAAGUCAGAGAAACUCUAGACAAGCCUUAAAUGUGAAACAAGCAUCACCCAGAGGUCGUAGCAGGGGCUCCCAGAUUAGCAGCAGUAGCAGCAAGGAGUCAGGCAGUGGAAAUCCAGCCUCACACGUGAGAACAAGGUCCAGGUCUCCAGCAAGUGAAAAGAGUUUGCCAGAGGAGGCUAAUAGACAAAUGACUGGUGUCAGACGGAGAGGGAGAGGGGCCCGGUCACUUGCUACUCGGGGUCGUUUAGUGAGGAAGGACCAAGACUCAGCUAGAGUGUCGGACGAGCUAGAUAUGGUAGAGAGUGAGGCUGAUACCACAGGAAAGCAGAAGAUGCCAUUUUCAGUAUGGGGUGCUGGCCUAAAAUCCCCCAUUGGAACAAGUAAAGGAAAGAGCCCUACGAGUUCAAAGGAGGAACUGCAUAAUCGUUGGAACACAAGUAUUGCAUCACACUGCACCUUCUCUGACAUCAACAUAAUAGACACGGAGGAUGAAAGUCCUGGCAAAAUUCUGCGACAGAAGACCCCAGAGCAUUUUGUCCGGUUCCCCAAAUCAGAAACAGGCAAAAAGUUCAUGUCUGACUCAUCAGGCUGUGCUCGCACAUUGUGCUACAACAGCAACAAUAGCAGUCACAAGGAAGGCACACCAAGGAUCAAGAAUAAGGAUCUUGGGGAAGUUCAUAACGUCACUCCAAGUUCACGGAGACAUUUUCGCAGUGCUUCAUCAAGUGCAGAAUCGGCAACAGAGGAAAUAACUCAGGAAACUCACCAGGUUGCCCCCUCGCCAAAAAAGGCUGUGAGCAAGUCUUCGUAUGGUGGCCAGUCUUCAUCAGAAGCAAGGCAUGGUAAAUCUUCAAGUCAGAAUGCCGCCAGCCAAGUUGUUCUCAAUGAAGACCCAUCUCCGUCAACCACUGAGGAAGUAACACCCAAUAAGUCAUCCAGCGAAGGCAACUCUCCCUCUACCUCAGCGACGUCGGAGGAGAAGAGUUCCGAGAAGUCUGGAAUGUCGUCGCUCAUGCAGUUCAAACCCUUGCCGGCCACGCCAGAGAAGGAGCUGGGUCAGAUUUGUCAGACAAUAAUCAGGGAAAACAAUGCCAUGGUAGCUCUCCCUUCACCAAAGGGGCUUCAGGAAAAGGAGAGGCAUGUGGAUAAGUCAGGUGCGUCAAGAGCCAAAGACAGUGUUAAAAGAAUUCUCAACCUGAGCAGUACAAAGGAAGCCGAAAGAAGUGUGAAUGAGAAGAAAAUGUCAAAGAAAGCAGACCGUGAAUCGGUGUCUAGGAAGGAAAGUGAGGAGAUAGGAAUGGCUAAGGAUAAGGAAAGCAAUACCACUGAAACAAUGAAAGAAACUUGUUCAAACCGUGGGGGUGAUUCCCAAGAAUUGAAAAAGAAGGUGCCAGAUGAAAAAAGCCAAAAGAGAAUGAGCGAAGAACAAGGAAGUCAGUCACCAGGAGGACAGAGGGACAACCAAGUCCUUCAUGGAGGCACUGACCAGGAUAACAGCUCUAAUCCUACCACUUUAGAAAAAGAAAGAACAAAUUCUCCUGGCAGUGUCAUCAGCCCAGAACAUUCCUCAACACAAAGUUUGAUAUCAGAAGGUGAAGUGACUAAGGAAAAUCAGCCAGCUCAAGAGAAGGAUGUUGAAAAUCAUAAUGCUAGAGAAGUGAUUGAAGAAGAAGAGGAUGACUGGGAAGACAUGAUCAGUCUACAGACAUCUGAGUUUAUAGAUUUGUUUUCCCUUAAUUUAGAACCAGAGAAAGUCAGCCCAAAACCAUCGUUAAAGGCAGCUAAUUCUAGGAAAGGAGUGAUUUCUUCCAAAGCUAAGAAACCUAUGAGUCCUAAGGGCAGCAGCAGAACGGCACAACAGAAGAAGAUAAACAGUAGUCCAAAAAGCAAAGAACAGAAUCUUAAUGAGAAGGCCCCAGGCUCAGAAGGAAGCAGUGGGUCCCAGAGUUUGAGAGGUGAAAGCAGUGGCUUGGGAAUGGCAAGGGAAUGUGGGAACAAGAGAUUAAGGGAAGAGACAUCACCAAGGGAUGCAAUAGACCCUGCAAAAAAGAAACCGCCUAGGAGAAUUCAGCCCAUCAAGAUCGGUGAGGUGAAUGGGAUCAGGAAGGACAGCGUUAGUAAAAGGAAUGCAGACUACAGAGGUACCGAUCACAGCUUUCCAUCAGGACUGAAAAGUAAUCUAGGGACGGUGAACGGGGAAACGAUUUCGAGUGGUUUAGAGGAGAAGGAGGACAGGUCAGAAGUUUUCUCAGAGAAAGGUAGAGGGCGUGAUUCUAUUGCCCAUAAACGAGAAACUCUGUUAGUCACAGGUGGUGGAGGCCAAAGUGAGAGAAGUGCGAGCUCCCUGUCUAGUACAAGCCCGGGACACCUGCGCAUCUCCGAUUCUCCCAUGGGUUUCGAGGGCUCCCCAAAUGCCUACUUGGGGAAAACCAGCUCGCCCCAUCGCUUUGCCCCGAUUAAGCUACCCCAAGAGGCAGAAGAACCUUUGGCUACCCUUGAACCCAGCAGCCAGGGUCAGAGGCAGUUAUCCGCAGAGCCUCUGAACCCCAGUCAGAUGGGGAACGAGAACUCUGUGGAUCCAAGAAGCAAAAUGAAGGGCAUGACACACCCAUCCUCAGCCAUCACGAAGGUGCCAGGGGAUCUUCCCAGUGAAACAGGAGACUUCAAGAGAGAAUGAUGUUAACAGACAAAGGCGGCCGAGACACAUGGCCCAUGAGUUGUGCAGUGGUGGAAGUCUGGAAAUAGCAAUGAGACCAGACAAACCAGUAGCAAUUGUCACAAAACAUGGAUCUGAGUUCCAGACUAGUAGUGUUCACCUAAGUGAAGAAAGUACAAGCAGUGUAAUCUCCAUGCCUCCGACCCCUGGAAAACACCUGUUUGGGCUUCCGUCAUCAGUGCAUACAAUCAGUCCAGCAGGCAGUUCAUCGCAGUCCGAGUGUGGGCUGAUGCAAGGUCCUAUAGGUGUGCCACCCAAGAAGCGCAAAAAGCAAGAUGUAGCCGAAAAAAUUAAGUCGAAAAAAAUGCAGAAACUCAUGAAGCUAACAGAUUUUAAUAAGUUCCUGGAAAAAAUACAUAAAUGAAGGAAGCCUGCUUAGUGAAAAAUAGCAAAUCUCUCCUGCUUUAAAAAAGGAAAAAUAUUAAGACGAUGGUGUCUGGUGCUUUGUGGAUGUUGUUCUCAAAAGACAAAUCUAAACCUGCCACAUAGAGAAGCCAAUAUUUAGUGGUUGAUAGUAUGAAGAAUUACCAGUGUAAAAGAGGUAUACCUUCACAGGGAAAUGUGAGUAAUUAGUGCCUAUUUGGAUAUCCUCUAUUUCUUAUAUUUUCCCCAUCUCCUUCAUCUCAUUUUCAUCUUGUAUUCCCUUCAUUCCAUAGCAUGCCUUCUCUUCUGCUCUAGUCCGGCCUCCAGGGCCAAACUUCUCUUCACAUUUAAUGGUAUAGAUUACCUUGUUCCCAUGUUUGAUCAUCGACGGUGCUUUGUGGUGGGUAGGCAGUCUUCCCUCUAAAGCUUUAAUGUACAAGAAAAGAAAACGGAGGAAGAUACGAAAAUCGAUAUGGGCUGCAUAGACAUUUUCAGAAUCCCAUAGACCUAUAGGAAUCUUUGUGCCCAGAUUCCUGACUGUGGGAGUUAGGAUCCUCAGCUGCUCAAGCCUACAGCAAUUGAUCUGGUUUGAGAGCUUUUGUGCCAUGGAAGGAAUAGCAUUUACAUUUUUAUUAUUUAUCUAUUUAUUUAUUUAUUGUUUUUUAUUACUGUAUUCAGGCUAGUGACUUAAUACUUGGUGCUUGUGGCUGUUGCAUUGACAUUUUAUAAAAGGAAGAUAGAGAUAGAAAAAAGGGAAGAACACUUUCUUGUAUCAUCCAUUAGGUUCUGUGUGCUGUGACUUACCUCAUGUUUUGCAAGUAUGUAUUUAUUUUCCUGUUUUGGGGCUUAAGUGGAUCGUAAGUAAAUAUACGAGAUACUGCAGUAUUAUUUAUGGAUAGGAGUGACAUUGGGAGACAUUGCACAUUACUGUAUGAUUUUCUUUUCAUAUUUUUAGACUAAUAUUUACUUUGUUACCAAAGAUUUGAUGUAGUAUCAGCAACUAUCACAGAAUGCAACAGGUUUCAGUUGGAAAAAGUGAAAGCAUUUUGUAUUUUCUUAUAGAAAAUGCAUAGGGAUAUUUUCUGCACAAUUUCAUGAACGUGUAAGAGGUUGUUUGGUGAAAUUUGGCCUCAGAACCUGGGUCAUUUGCAGUUUGUCCUUAAAUCUUGAAUUGUUUUCAUAUUGUAAAGAUCAUCCAUAUCCUUAUCAUUUUCCUUUGUGCAUUAUUGUGAUCUAUUUAUAUUCCUUUGCCACUCUGAUAAUCUUGUUAUAAAUUAAUAUGUAUAUAAACUAUGUAGUAAGUAUAGUUUUCAUAUCAUUUGUUUGUUUUCUCUUAACAUGCAGAUCAUACCUUACAAAUAGUUUAUUUUUUGCUCAUAUAUAUAUAUAUACACUGAAACUCGCAUUUGAGUGACACUGGACCCUAUAACCUCAUAAUUCUUUUCUCCUUUUACUACGACUUUCUAAUUCUCUCUUUAUUAGUCAUAUAAUGUACAAAAGUAACAAUAUCUGUCAUAUAUUUUUAUAUCAUGCAAUGGAGCCCUACAUGUAUAUAGAAUUGCAAAUAGAAUUGUCUCCAAGAA